ACAUAGUGAAGAAAAUUUUUGUAUGCAUUUUCUGUGUCUUUUUGAGUGGAUUUUCUUCUUGUUAGUUUCAAAACCAUACAUUUUUGCUCAACCAUUUAAGCUAUGUUAACUGAACAUUUGGUUUGAUCUAAGAGUGGAAAGAAAUAGUGUGCAACAAAAAUCUGUCACUGUAGUUGGUCAAAAUGCAUUUUUAUAUCUGUGUUUAAUGAUUAGUUGCUUAAAAUAAUAAUCAAAAUCAAAAUAAUGUAGGAUCCAAACAAUACAAAAAAAUAAAAGAAUAAAAUGAUAGGAUAAAUGGAUACAAAAACCAUAACUCAUAAUUAUUUUGAUUUAAAAAAUAUAUACAUAUAUAUGUAUAUAUAAGAUGCAUGUGUGUUAAUGCUGAUGGUAAAGAUGAAGUGGGUGGUGAUGAUUUUUAUUUAUUUACUUUUCUUAGAAUGUUGAUUAUUAAUAUUUUAAGGGUUUUUUAUUUCCUCAAAAUGGGCACGUCAAUAUCUAUAGAACGAGUAAAUACAGCUUUCUCUUUGAAACAAUGCCAGAGUUUUUUUUCUAAAUUAGUACAGUUUAAAUUUGCAACAAAUUAUACUUGCAAGCAAUUUUAUAUUUAAAUUUUUGCCUAUAUAGAAAUGAAAUUUUUUUAUUGUCCCACAGUGGGGAAGCUUUGGUGCAACAGCAGCAAAAUGACAGGCCAUCAAAAUUGUAAUUAAAAGCUUGUAGGAGCAACAUGAGCUGGAGUUUUCUCACCCGCCUUCUGGAAGAGAUUCACAAUCACUCCACGUUUGUGGGGAAAGUGUGGCUCACUGUGCUCAUCAUCUUUCGCAUCGUACUGACAGCUGUUGGAGGUGAAUCCAUCUACUCUGAUGAACAAGCCAAAUUCACCUGCAACACCAAGCAGCCAGGCUGUGACAAUGUAUGCUAUGAUGCCUUUGCCCCCCUCUCGCAUGUUCGUUUCUGGGUCUUCCAGAUAAUCAUGAUUUCCACUCCUUCCAUCAUGUACAUGGGUUAUGCCAUUCACAAGAUAGCCCGAUCUUCGGAGGAUGAUCAGAGGAAGCACCAAAGACUCCGCAAGAGGCCGCCUCCUCACACAAGAUGGAGAGAAAGUCAGCCUCUUGAGGGAGUCCUGGAGGAGGAGGAAGGUGAUGAUGCUGAACCAAUGAUCUACGAGGAUGCACUGGAUGUCCAGGAGGGCAAGGUAGAUCCUGUGAGCAGCGCUGGCAAAGACCCACCAAAACAUGAUGGCCGCAGAAAAAUUGUGCAACAAGGCCUGAUGAGAAUCUAUGUUCUCCAGCUCAUGUCACGAGCUAUUUUUGAAAUUGCUUUCCUAGCUGGACAAUAUCUACUUUAUGGAUUCCGAGUUAGUCCCUCUUAUGUGUGCAACAGGGUACCUUGUCCACACAGAGUGGACUGUUUUAUCUCCAGACCUACAGAGAAAACAAUCUUCCUCCUUAUUAUGUAUGUGGUGAGCUGUCUCUGUCUUGUGCUAAAUGUGUGCGAAAUGCUUCACUUGGGAAUUGGCACAUUUCGGGACACUCUUCACAUGAAGAGGAAUCGCGGCCGACGUUCCGUAUCCUAUGGCUACCCGUUUUCACGCAACAUCACAUCCUCCCCUCCUGGGUACAACCUUGUAAUGAAAACAGACAAACCCAUCAGGAUUCACAAUAGCCUCAUUCCCCAUGAGCAGAACAUGGCCAACGUAGCCCAGGAGCAGCAGUGUACUAGUCCAGACGAGAACAUCCCCUCUGACCUUGCAAGCCUGCAUCGACACCUGAGGGUUGCUCAGGAGCAAUUGGAUAUGGCCUUUCAAACCUAUCAGACUAAAAACACCCAGCAGACCUCCAGAACAAGCAGCCCUGUUUCUGGGGGCACUGUGGCAGAACAAAAUCGAUGCAAUACAGUCCAAGAGAAGCAAGGAGCGAGGUCAAGAUCAGCCACAGACAAGGCAGCAACCAUCGUGAAAAAUGUAAAGACCUCUGUAUGGAUAUAGAGAUUCAUCUAUUCUAGAAUACUGAAGUUAAAAUUAAAGUAUCCAGAGUUCGAGAGCUGUAAAGGAUGAAGAGAGUUAACUAUGGACAGCAACAAACUAGAUUUGAAUCACGCUAAGAAAAGACAUAGGGACAUUAAUAGUCUAGUUUUGAAUAUAAAUAAAAAAGUAAGAACACAUACACUUCAAAGUCAAUAUCAUAAAUCUUUACUGUAGUAGUAGAUGUUGGUUAUGGAUAAUAUGUACCUGCAUAGUUUAGCAUCUUUAAUUUCAGCUACAUUUCAUUGCAAACUUUUAUUCUAACAUAUUGUCACAGGAAAUUGAAAGGGAUUCACUUGGAGCAACUGAGAUUUGCCAUUAGCAAUUGUGGUGGAAAAUGGAAGUGAAGCACUAGAAUUGCACCAUGAAUCUUAUUUUUUACAUAGACUAUUGAUAGAAAAUUGCAUGUUUUACAUUUAGAUAAUAUUUUUGGAUGAGAAGCAAGUUAAAUAGAACUAUUUUAAUAAUAGUAGAGAAGAAGUAAGGAUGUUUCUGGAAAACAUUUGCACAGUUUGGUGAUCUGCAGACUGAAGAGUAUGCAUAGCCCUAAUCUGUGUGUCAUAAUUUUAAAAAAAGCUUUGUUUUGUCAUAAAAGUAGUGAAUAAUACAAACUGCAACAAUUCUCUCUACUAAAGAGUAAUAUCUUUUGAGUAGACUAUCCAUUAUUCACAGCUAGAAACUUGAACGAAUACAGACUGUAGUCAGAAUCCUGUUUCCAUUUAGCCAUUUAGGAAACUCUUCCUAAAUUCAGAUUGAUUCAAAUGGUAAAUUUUUCUCUGUUAUUAAAAUGAAUUCAUAACAGGGAAUACUUCCUUCGCUAUGUUCAAAUCUCAAAGUGCCUCAAACUCCUAAGGACUGUUUUAGCAUUCUCUUCAUGGUUAAAUUAAAUAAUUUGAAAUUUCCAAUCUUCUUGUUGUGCAGCAGAUCUUUGAUUCAACGAAUUAUUGCCCAAAUAAUGGUGUUUUCUAUACUUUGAUAACAGCUAUGCAAUGACAAUGCUGUUAAAGUAAAAAAAAAUUCCAAGCUUAGCCAAUUUAGAAUACUUUAUUAAAAUAAUUUAACUGAAAAUAAUUAUGUCACAUUUCACUAAUUGCAUAUAUAAAAAAAAAAAACUGUUUUCCAUAACUAGCAAAGCAUUGGACCCAUGUUAAUUCAACAUAGUAACUUCAGAGCUUCUCAUUGCAAGCAAUAGAUUCUAUCAAGAAUGAUACUUCAUACUGAUAACUUCAAAUUAUGACAACUUAUUUCCCAUAAAAUUACUUUGAUUUACUCACAUAAGGCUAACAAUGUCUUCAGUCCACAAGACCUCUUUCUGUGUGUGGUCAGUUGGACUUCAAAAAGAAGAAGUUUUUGUCUAUUCUUCAGAGAAUUAAGUAGUGUAAAAUUAUGAUGAUUUCCCUUUUUAUACAAGAUAAAUAAAGGGAUUGAAAUAUUGGGUGUGCAGAAUCAUUUCUUUUUCCUUUGGCUUUAAACGUCUGUGAUCUACAAUUGAUGCGUCUUGGUAUCCCAUUUACUCACAAACAAACCUUAAGGAUGUUACACAUCAACAACUAUGUUACAAAUACCGAGACUAAAAAAUGUGUCCCUUCACAAAUAAAUAAAAUAUAUUAGUAGGACUAUAGGAAACAGCAAUCUUGUAAAAUAAAACACAGCAAUAUUUCUUAUUUUUAAAGCAUGAUCUGAGUUUUAAAAGCUUGUUUUAGUGCUGUGUAAAAGUAUUCAUACCAUUUGAAAGGUUUCAAGUUUUGUCACAUUAUUCAACCUCAAACCUCAAUGUGCAUGAUCAAUAUUUAUUUUAUUUGAACAUAUGGAUAUGCUAGGAUUGCUCAAGCUCAGCCCAAUCUUGGAUUGUGAGUCUGUAGACUUUAAACUACAAGUGGGAAUUCUUGUGUUGUAUUUUCUGCAAGAGCUUUCUAUAAGCCACUCUUCCAGUUUUGUGGAAUGAUUAAAUAAUAGUAAAUAUGAUAGAUUUUCACCUGAGUGGUAGCCUGUGCAACUCUUCCAUAAUUAUAAUGGACCUCUUAUGGAAGGUCCAUCCAUAAGAGAUGGACUUUAUGGAUGGUCCACCGUGAAUAAAGUGGAUGUCCUCCACUUUAUUCAUGGUGGAGGAAAUCGUGAAUAAAGUCUCUAUUUAAUGCCAAACAUGUCUGUUUAGUUGGAUGACUGUGUCUUUGAGAACUGCACUUAUCCCAUAUUGCUUUCAUUUUCAGAUGAUAGAUUGAGUUUUGCCUUCUGAGAUUUUCAAAUCUUAACUAAAAUCAUAUGACAAGUUGAACUCUAUUUACUAAUUAGGCAAUUUUUGAAGGCAAAGAGUUGUACUUGAUUUUAUUUAGUGUUGUUGGAUUAAAAUCGGCUGAAUCCAAAGGUAUACCACAUUCUUUUUUUAUUAUUUUAAAGAAAUUUUCAGAACUAUUUAUUCUUUUUGCUACACUUGACAGUUACAGGGUUUUUUAUGUCUUUAACAUAACAUCAAAUAAAUGAAAGACUGAUGGGUUGUGACUAAUGUGAUAAAGUGUGAAACGGUUGAAUAGGUGUGAAAAAUGUUUAAAGGCACUGUAUAUGAAAUGCUGUCAAGACAAAACACACUUUAAUCAAAAUGUAGUAAAUGUUAAAAGAGUACAAUGGAAAUACAACAUAAAAUGGGUUUGCCGAAACUGUUUCUGAGAAGCUAUAACUUUAGUAUAUUUAAUUGUCAUUAGUAUUUCUGCAUGCAGUCUUCAUUUGUUUAUAUUAAAUGAACAAUCUAGCAAACAAAAACUGUGCAAAGUUAGCAGGAACUUCAAAAGGCUUCAGUGAACAUAAUUCUACUCUUGUUCAAACAACAGGUAUCCCAACAAAUUUCAAAUUACACUUAAUUUAGAAUUAAGAGAAAUCUUAAGAGCCACAGCCAAAGUGCAAAGUUCUUCACAACAAAAAAAUGGAUAGGCUAUGCAUUGUAUUGCUCAGAAAAAAAUUUGCUUUCUUUAGCAGGAAAGCUGAUAAGUUUGCAGGCUUCUUUGUCUAAAAACAAAGUAGCAAAUAAAGUAUCUUCAACACCCUGGUUUGACAGUCUGGACACCCUUAAGCUAAAACCCUUUUGAAACAACUUUUAAUUCAGUUCUAGUCUUCUGUCUGUAUGGGCGUACAUAUACAUAAAACAAAUCAGAUUACUGUAAAUUAAUUAAUAGUUUGCAGAUAGAAUAAAACAGUCAUCAAGACUACAAGAAAACAUGAAUCAACUGUGAUAUUACCAAAAGUGUACAUUUCUCUUUAUUUUUUAUUUUUUAAAGACAAGAAUGAAACAGAUGCCAAGAGCCUCCUUAGCUUUUGAUUGGUACUGUUUGUGGUCUAUAAGUGACAACAAUCUGUAUCUCUAAAUAAGGACAGAAACAACACAUAUCUGAGAGAACGCUACAUACACAGUGAAAUAUGGUAGCUACACAUCAUGAGCAGGAGUUACUUAUUCAGAUGGGACCAGAUUUUUCUCAAGGUGGAGGAAAUUGUGAAUAUGUUAUUAUAAAUAUCAGAGAGUUUUGACAAAAAGCUUAUAAGGGGCAGGGAUACAUAUUAUAAAUAUGAAAAUGUGGAUUGCUUGCAUAUAAAAUCCAAGAAGACUUGAGAUCAGAACAGAACCAAAAACAGGUUCAAUAAAGUACAGCAGGUAAAAGAAAGCAUUAAACAAUUAAACCUAUUAUCAGUACAAAUAUUUCUACAUAUUUAUUUCCAUUGACAUGAGAUUCCCACCUAUGAACACUCAAACAAGCCACACAUACAGAAAAAAUGUAAACAAUUUAGUCCAUAAAUGAAUGUUAUGUGUUCGGCCUAUGAAAAGCUUUUCAUUACCACAGUAUUUAUAGGUUUGAUAAAACCAAGGAACCAUUCACACAAAACUCUGUUUUAAAUCAUUAUUAUUGCAUUGAUUCUAUGCAUUUCUAAACUUCUGAAUGUUCCAGUGAUCAUCGUUGGAGCAACAAUCUGGACGUGGAAAGGAAGAAGAUGUAAUCUGGAAGUGGGACGGAAGAAACCAUAACCUGGAAUUGUGAAAGACAUCAUUUCACCAUAAACAAGCCACAGUCAUGCCCCUUUUAAGAUUUCUGAAAAGUGAUGUUUUUAGGUAGGAACAUCACAAUGUGCUAUAUUAGAGAAUAUGGUACCAGCAGGCUUUAUAUAACUGAAUCGAUGGUGAAUAUAAAAAUGGACCAGGAUAUUUUUGGUAAGACUCUGAAGAUGUAAAGAAUAGAGUAAAUUAUCAAGUAGGAAAAUAUUUCCAAAGACACAAAGAAAUAAUCUCUUUAUUGGUGUGUUCAUUAUGAUCUGUGUCAUUCCAACAUUUUUAUGGUAACAUUAUUUGUGGACAAGUCUGCUUUGAUUUAUUUACAUGUGUGUAUUUUUGGGGUUUUUUACUGACAUCUGGUGUGAAUUUCACAUCAAUAGAAUUUUAGAAAAAUAUUCACACAAAAAGGUUAUAUCUAUUUUACCCACUGUCUAAUUGUAUAGGUUAUAAUCUCCAUGCAAAUCAUGACUUUUGCUAAAAAAGUGGAGGGCAAGCAAAGUACUUGUGGGACACAAAUAUGUUCUUGGAACCAUUUUUAUGUUUCACCCAUUAACAGAUUUGUUUAUUUUUAAGUUGAAUUGUACAGCAUACAUACAAUAAAGGUGAAAAAGUUAUGAAAUAAUUCAUCAUGGCUUUUUGUAUCACAAAAAAUGUGGCGUUCUCUGCACGUUUUCACACACACUGACUAAAUAUCAUAUAUCUUGUUAUUUAAAAACUAUAAUUACGUAAAGAACAGUUCAAGAAACAAAAAUUGUGUUGGUUUUGGUUAUCUGAGCCAAAUAAGCUGGAUCCCAAAAGACAACCAGAAUUCCCGUUAGUAAGACCUAACUGGAAAAAAGCAACAACAAAAAACA